AUGACGGCGAGGAUCCAUCUGGACCGGCCUCACGCAUAUUUCACGAAUCUGGACAUCAUCACCGGGAAGGUCAUUGUGCAGCUUGUGACGGAUACAUCGAUCAGUGCUAUCCAGGUGAAGUUGGAAGGUGAAAGUCGGACGCGGCUGGCGGGCCCGCGGUAUCAGGGCGAUGUUAGACCGGACAAGAAGAAGACGGAACUAGAGGUUCAUAAGCUGCUUUACAAAGUUUCCACGGUUUUCCCCAGUCCGGAGGUCUAUCAGCAUGGCUCCAGUGCAGUUUAUACCCUUCCUGCUGGAGUGCAUGAGUACCCAUUCAAAUUUAAGUUCCCGUUCAAUAAUUCAUGCAGCACCCAUAACAGCAUGUUGACGAAUCUCAACAUGACUGGACUGAGACUCGAAGUGGCACGGGAUACUGAUCGCCAUGUUAAGAAGACGUUGCCUCCAUCAUUGAGGGGGUUUCCUGGAGAAGCGGAGAUUAAGUACUAUGUUAAAGCGACUAUUGUCCGGCCGCAGUUCUACAAGGAGAAUAUCCGAUCGAUAUCCGAAUUCAACUUCCUCCCUAUCGAACCCCCGAAAAUGGGGGAUCCGAAAGAAGAGACAUACGCGCGGCGACAACAUCAGUUUACAAGGCCUGGAGCCCCAUCACAAAAGAGAGGUCUCUUUCAGAAAAUAUCCGGUACAACGGGCCUCUCCUCCGCAGACGGCCCUCGUUUCUCCGUCGAUGCGAGACUGCCAAACCCUCCGAUUCUAACAAUCAACGAACCAAUCCCUCUCCGCGUUCUGGUAACGAAAAUCUCAGAUACACUGGAGACUAUAUACCUGCAGAUGAUUCAGAUUGAGUUGAUAGCAUAUACACAUAUCCGUGCACAUGAUCUGGCAAGGAAAGAAAGUGGCAGCUGGGUUCUAGUGAGCCACAGUAAUAUGAACCAGCCUUUAAUCAGAGGCGAAGACGCUCCUGGCCAAGAAUUUAAGAUCGAUCCCGCAAUCUGGUCUCGGAUACCUCUUCCAAGUUCUGUCGCUCCAUCUUUUGAAACAUGCAAUAUCUGGAGAACUUAUGAGCUGGAAGUACGCGUUGGCUUGAGCCACGGAAUCAAAGGAGCACCCAAGUUGACUAUGGCGGUACUACCGCUGAGAAUUCCAGUCAAGGUAUACUCGGGAGUUGCUCCGCCACAGGCUCUGUUGGACGCAAUGGCUGGCAGGAAUGGCAAAGCCGCCGAGUCAGCAGGAACACCCACAAGCCCAAGUCAACGUCCUCCGAUGCCCCCAAGGCCAUCCGCUCCCCCAGUACCAGCCUAUCCGGAAGAUGGCUACGCAGACGCUCCUCCAAGCUAUGAAGAUGCUAUUGCCGAAGAUCUCGGCCCAGUAGACGGUCCACGACGUGACUAUAACCCCCCAGAUGGCAUUUCCGGGAGACGGACAGUGUCAGAAACAGGUGUUGGAUCUCCGGACGAGAAGGGUAGGGAGAGACUGUUCCCCGACAGUGUUGGCACGAUACAUUCCAAUGCCUCUGUCGAAUCGUUUGAUAUGCUUCCUUCAACGCCUACUGAUUCGCACUCCAGCCCUGAGAACGUGAGUCCGGCCUUGUCACCGGUUGAUGUGCGCCCCUAUUCCGCUGAACAGCGGCACGACGAACCUCUACCAGAGUAUCAGCCAAUGCCAACGCAGCUAAGUCCUCUCUCAGCGACCGAUAAUGCUGCUCAGCGGAGGCCGUCAAACACGAAUUUACGCAUGAAUUUGGGUGUGCCCCAUCGAAAACCCGUUCCAGGCCAUUCAAACGGCAAGCAGCCUCCGACUCCAGGAGCAUAA